UCUAUUAUAUAAGGCAAGACAUGGGGGACACCAAAAAAUAAAAAAAAGGAAUAAAAGAAGAAAAGAAAAGAAGUAACUAACUGUUUCAUUUGAAUGGAAAAGGCGGAAAAGUAAGACAUUUAAAUUGAACAUUAGCUUUUUGAGAAAGAAAAAUAUAAAAACAGUUUUUUACCCAAUUAAUUUUAUUUUUACUUUAUUUAUUAUCACACAUAAUCGCACGCGUGCAUGUAAGACUAGUUUACUCACACUUCUCUCCCCUAGUAAAAUAAGAAAAGAUUUAAAAUAUAAAAAAUGCUUCCCCCUACGUUGUAGUCGGGUUUAAACUCCAAAUGUUGCAUCUUUUCUAGGGUUUUUGCCAGUAUUCCUCGCCAACUGAUAACUACAAGAAUGAAUGGCGAGCUUUUCAACUAUUUGGUGACGAUUUCUCUCUCUUUCUUUCUGUUUAGCCGUUAGUGUUGCAUACCCAAUUUAUAUUUUACUGUUAUCAAUUCAAAUAUGUCAGCAAAAUGGCGAGCUUUGCAACAUCGCCAUCGUUAUACAUACAGUGCUGUCAUUUUUCCACAAUCUUACAUUGAUUCUUUAACCCAGUUACAUCCUCAUGAUUUGUCUCAGAAAUUAUGCUCUGAACUAACUUUACUUGCUUCUCUUAAUUCCAUCUAUGCCCAAGUUAAUCAUGUGAACAAGGUGACAACUUCAUUUAAUGAUUUGUUGUUAGGAACUGAUGAUGAAAACUUAGUUUUGAUAGCAUCGAAAUUGUACUUAGAACUGUUAUUUCUUGAGAAUUCACUACCUUUGCAUAGGACUUUGUUGUCGGUUCUAUCAAAGAACCGGAAAUUUUGGGUUCUGAUUGGUGGGUGUUUUCGGGUUCUUUGUGAGGAGUUUGGUGUGUUAUGUGGCAAAGGGAAGCGAUUUUGUGUGUCACGGGCGGCAUUGUCCAUGAUGAGCACCCCGAAGUUGGGGUAUUUAGUGGAUGCUGUGGAGGAGUGUUGUAUGUUGGUUGCUUUAGAUAUUGUUACUGGGUUAAAUUAUGUGGUUGCGGAGACGAAUGAGAAGGCAAGACCUUCACCCCUUGUAAUGGAGCAAUGCCAAGAGGCUUUGUCUUGUUUGUAUUAUUUACUUCAGCGGUUUCCCUCGAGGUUUACCAAUGCGGGAUGUGCUCAGAAUGAGAUGUUGCCUAAAAGUUCUAGUCUUUCAGAAAUGAUUAUUGGAGUCAUUUUAUGUAUACUGCAAUCAUCUGCUUUUUCGAGGGACUGUUUUGUGGCAGCUGGUGUGAGUUUCAGCGCUGCACUUCAGGUGUUGCUUAGUCCUCAGGAGCUUGGUUAUCUCAUUUUUGAAGGUGUUUUUGAAAGGAAAAUAUGUUCUUUGCUAGGUCAUUCUGAUAUUGAAUACAAGAAUGCUGUAAGUAAGAUUCCUUAUAAUGGGGAUUUGUGUUUGACACUGCGAACUUUUUCUCCAUUGAGUAGACUCUGCUUCAUAAGAGGAGUCCUAACUGCAGUUUCAAGAAACGUGCUCAACUUUCGUUUUGUUGUAGAAAUAGAGGGAUCCAACUGUAGUGGCGCUGAUGAAAAUGGUAAGAGAUGUUUGCAGAGUAUAUUAUAUGAUUGUAUAUUGCCUGAGCUUUGUAAGUAUUGUGAGAACCCGAGUGAUAGCCAUUUCAAUUUUCAUGCUUUGACGGUGCUGCAAAUCUGUUUGCAACAGAUCAAAACAUCAAUCUUGGCUGAUCUUGUUGAUCUGACAACUGAAUUUGAUCCAAUCCCAGAGGAUUUAGGAGCUCGUGUACUAAGAAUUAUAUGGAAUAAUUUGGAAGACCCCUUAAGCCAAACUGUGAAACAAGUUCAUCUUAUUUUUGAUCUUUUCCUAGACAUUAAGGCCAGUAUCUAUCGAGGGGAUGGUUAUGUAAAUAUGAAUACAUUCCUAGUGAAGAUUACAUCUGAUAUUCUUUGUCUUGGUGCGCGAUGUAAAGGCAGGUAUGUUCCUUUAGCUUCUCUCACUAAGAGGCUGGGAGCCAAAACUGUCCUUAGCAUGAGUCCCAAUCUCCUAUAUGAAGUAGUACAUGCAUACAUUGAUGAUGAUGUCUGCUCUGCAGUCACAUCAUUUUUGAAGUGUUUCCUUGAGUGCUUGCGAGAUGAGUGCUGGGAUAGUAAUGGCAUUGAAAGAGGGUAUGCGGUAUAUCGAGGUCAUUGUUUGCCUCCAUUUCUAUAUGGACUUGCUUCUGGAGUCUCUAAGCUGCGGUCAAAUUUGAACACAUAUGCUUUGCCAAGUUUACUUGAUGUGGAUGUGGACAGCAUAUUUCUUAUGCUUUCCUUCCUUUCCAUUGGUGUUGGAGUUGACACUGGUUUGGUUUCUCCCGAAUUGAGCUGUUUGGAUGUUGCAUUUGAUAUUGAGCAGAAAGUGGCUGUUUUGGUCUCUCUGCUUAAAGUAUCUCGAUCACUUGCACUAUUUGAAGGGGAUAUUGAGUCAUGUCAUAAAACUGCAAUUCCACUAGAAGAGGACACUAUGGAGGAAGAACAAGCUUUAAUCUAUAUGAAGGGGAUUGAGGUGAAACUUCCAGCUGAGUGGCUUGCUUUGGCAUUGACUCAUGUAGAUGAGUCACUUCGGGUAGAUGCAGCUGAAUCACUUUUCUUGAAUCCUAAGACAGCCAGUCUUCCUUCCAACUUAGAACUCAAUCUGAUGAGAUUAUCAGUGCCUCUGAACAUGAGAUGUUGCUCAACAGCUUUCCAGAUGAAGUGGGCCAGUUUAUUCAAGAAGUUCUUUUUGCGGGUUCGUACAGCAUUAGAGAGACAAAUCAAACUGGGAACCUGGCAACCAUCUGAUUGGGGGAAGAAUAAUAUAGCUUCUGUGUGUAAAAGUGGUGAUGAGUUAAUUGUUAGUCGAGCAGACAGCCUGUACGAGUUCAUGAAAUGGUUAAGUUGCUUUCUAUUUUUCUCGUGUUAUCCUUCUGCUCCUUAUGAGAGAAAAGUCAUGGCAAUGGAGCUAAUUAUGAUAAUGGUUAAUGUGUGGUCAAUAGUACCUCCAUUGAAAGAAAAUUGCGAUUUUCUAUCAAUUGAAAAUCUGUAUCUGUUUAGCGAAGGACUAACUAGACCUGAUUCAACAAUGCUAUUAGUUGGCUCAAUAGUUGAUAGUUGGGAUAGGCUGCGAGAGAGUUCUUUCCGCAUACUACUAUCAUUUCCCACACCUCUCCCUGGAAUCUCAAAUGAGCAGAAGCUGCAAGAAGUAAUAAUUUGGGCUAAAAAGCUAGCUUGCAGUCCAAGAGUCAGAGAAAGCGAUGCUGGGGCUUUGGCUUUGAGGCUUAUUUUUCGCAAGUAUGUCUUGGAGCUUGGCUGGAUUGUUGGAGCUUCAGUCAAUGUUACUUGCCAUAAGUCGGGGUCUGGUCUCUCAAAUGGAGAAUAUCAAAUUCCUAAAUCCAGGUUCCCGAUUAUUGCAUAUAUUAACUCACUUAUAGAUUGGUUGCAAGCUAUUGUGGAAGAAGGAGACAAGGAUCUAUUGGAAGCCUGCAAGAAUAGCUUUGUUCAUGGCGUUUUGCUUACUUUGAGAUAUACUUUUGAGGAAUUAGAUUGGAACUCUGAUGUACUCACUUCAAGCAUUCCUGAGAUGAGAGAUGCAUUAGGGAAGCUCCUGGAGCUGGUGAUGCGGAUAACAUCACUGGCACUUUGGGUGGUUUCUGCUGAUGCUUUGUCUUUGCCUCAAGACAUGGAUGACAUAGAAGAAGAUAGUUUUCUCUUGGAUAAUACAGCUGAAUUAGUUACAGCUUCAUCUGAACUUGGACAUGAGGCAAAAGAUCUGAAGGGCGAGGAAAGUGCUAGACCAACGGAGCAGAUUGUAAUGGUUGGAUGUUGGCUUGCGAUGAAAGAGAUUAGUCUUCUACUUGGAACGAUCAUACGGAAAAUUCCCUUGCCAAUUGCCACAUCUUCCAUUGGUGAAGAAACUGAGAGUAUGGCAAUGGAUCAGUUGAUGCCCAUGUCUGAUGCAGUUCUUGACGUGAACCAACUGGAGGUCAUUGGGAACCACUUUUUGGAAGUUCUUCUCAAAAUGAAACAUAACGGUGCUAUCGAUAAAACCAGAGCCGGAUUCACUGCUCUUUGCAACCGUUUGCUCUGCUCUGAUGAUUCAAGGCUUUGUCAGCUGACAGAAUCUUGGAUGGAACAGCUUAUGGAAAGAACAGUGGCCAAGGGACAAACAGUGGAUGAUUUGCUAAGAAGAAGUGCAGGUAUACCUGCUGCAUUUAGUGCCUUCUUUCUCUCAGAGCCACAAGGUGCACCAAAAAAGCUGCUCCCACGGGCACUGCGCUGGUUGAUAGAAGUCGCUGGUGGAUCAUUGCUGGACCAAGCUGAAUCGACUAUAGGUGAUACAUCGUGGAAUGAAAGAACUGCAAUAUCAGAUGGAGAAGAUGCCUCUAUGCAAACAGAUGAUAUUAUUGAAAACUUAACAUCUGCGAAGAUUCGUGUUGAAGGUGUUAUACCAACUGUGCAUGCUUUUAAUGUUCUCAGAGCAGCUUUUAAUGAUGCCAACCUAGCAACUGAUACAUCUGGUUUCUCUGCUGAAGCCAUGAUAAUCUCUAUACGUUCAUUCUCUUCUCCACAUUGGGAAAUUCGUAAUAGUGCAUGCCUUGCUUACACAGCCUUGGUUCGUCGAAUGGUUGGAUUUCUAAACGUACAUAAACGAGAAUCUGCAAGGCGUGCUAUUACAAGUUUAGAAUUUUUUCACAGGUAUCCGUCAUUGCAUUCAUUUAUAUUCAGUGAACUAAAAAUUGCUACCGAUUUAUUACAAGUUGGGCAGUCAAAUUCUAAUCUGGCCAGUAUUGUGCACCCAAGUUUGUGCCCUGUGCUGAUCCUUCUAUCGAGGCUUAAGCCUUCACCAAUUGCAAGUGAAGCAGGAGAUUGCUUGGAUCCUUUCCUAUUCAUGCCAUUUAUUCAGAGGUGUUCAACUCAAAGAAAUAUGCGUAUUCGCGUACUUGCUUCAAGAGCGCUGACAGGUCUGGUUUCUAAUGAGAAAUUGCAUCUGGUUCUACUUGAUAUUGCUUCUGGAUUGCCCAAUUCUGUAAAUCAAACAGAACCUACUCAAACUUAUCGUGCAAGCUCUUUUAACGCUAUUCAUGGGACACUCUUACAAUUAAGUGCCCUAUUAGAUGGCAAUUGCAGAAACCUUGCCGACUUUUCGUUGAAAGAAAUUAUUCUCAACAACUUGAUCAAGAUACUUCAUAAUUGUUCAUGGAUUGGAAGUCCUAGAUCUUUGCCGUGUCCCAUUCUCAAUGCUUCUUUCCUCAAGGUACUCAAUGACAUGCUCACAAUUGCUGGAACAUGCCAGGCAGGCAAUAAUUAUGAUAUCAUAUGCAGCUUACUUUCAGAUUUAUCUUCCGAGUGCUUGGGUGUAGAAUCUGAAUUAUCAUUCCAUGAUCCAACUUCUAUCGAACUCCGGAAACAAGCUGUAAUGUCAUACUUACACUGUCUCUAUCUAUAUGAAGAACAUGCUGAAGAAGUGAUUCCAAUGCCAAAUCAGUUGUCUGCUGCCAACAUAGUUAAGGCAAAACCUCUAGCUAAUAAUGGAUUUGAUGGUGUUGAGGAGAAACUUGCCUGUUACAUGUCAGAUGCUUCAUAUGAAGUACGUCUUACAACAUUUAAGUGGCUUCUCCAGUUUGUUAAAACUGCUGCAAUAGAAGUGGGUGAUGAUCAAGAUGGCAGUGAGGUUGCAAUAAUUGCUCACUGGGCUAAGGCUAAUCUACAAACAACUUUGAUUAGACUCUUGUCCUUUGAAACUAACCAUAAAUGUGCCUAUUAUAUUCUUAGGAUUAUUUUUGCUUGGAACCUGUUGCAGUUUCAAAGAGCAAGUAAUAAAAUACUCGGCAACACUAUAUAUAUUGGAGAGAUGGAUUUUGAGUCAAUUUUGCUAUUUUGGAAUAGAUUGGUUUCCAUACAUGAUUCUGCAAGACAUACAAAAACUGUGGAAAUACUCAUAUGCUGCUUUGGAUUGUGCGUAAAGCGCUUUGCAAGCUUUCUUAGGUGCAUUCUUCCUGUAAGCAAUAAGAAAACGGAAGAGCUAAAUAGAUGCACCAUCUUAUGCAAAUGGAUAAAACAUUAUGUUUGUCUAAUCAAGCAAUAUAGUGAUGCAUCACAGCAGGUAAACUUGCGCAAGGCCGCUGCAGAAUCAGUUGUAGCAUCUGGGUUAUUGGAACAGGCUGAAUUUAUCAGCGCAUAUGUGAACGAUGGCAGUGAGCCACAGGAUUCUGUCAACAUGUUUGCUUUUCUGAUAUUGGAUAUCUGGUUCACAUGCGUCACAUUGUUGGAGGAUGAGGAUGCUUUCAUUAGAAAGGAGCUUGCAUUGGAGGUGCAAAAGUGUUUCCCUCCAAAGUUUCGGUGCCGUUCUCUUGCAGUUGUGGUUCCUGCUCAGGUGGAAAAAGUGAUCGAGUUGUGUGUUGAGUUCCUUUCAUCCAUCUAUGGCCACUGGGACAGGUACUGUGAUUAUCUCUUGAGGUGGAUCUCAGAUGCUGCUAGCUGUGUGGUGUCUGACGGUGAUCUUGUGCGACGGGUUUUUGACAAGGAGCUUGAUAAUUAUCAUGAAGAGAAGUUGCUUAUCUGUCAAAUUUGCUGUUAUAAUCUGGAGAAUCUCAAGCUUUUACAGACCCUAGGACCCAAAUUACUCACUUCAUUGACGUCAUGGAGAAACCACUUCUUCCGCCAGUUGCUGUCUUUUGCUAGUGCCUAUAUGGAGAAGCUUGAAGGAGCAGAGUGGAUAGGCGGCGUUGGAAACCACAAAGAUACUUUUCUGCCUUUAUAUGGAAAUCUUCUUGGCUUUUAUGCCCUUUCAAAGCGCAUUUUGAAAGAAGAAAGUGAAGAUGGCAUGUGUCUUCUCUUGGAUGUUGUUGAAAUAGAGAAGUCCAUCAGACCAUUUCUUAAGAACCCUUUGGUUUGUAACUUGUACAUCCUAGUUGUCAGAUUACUUGAGGAAAAGGUUGCAUCGGCAAACUAUUUGAUUUCUCAAUUGCUGAAUGGUUUUCAGAUUUGGGACGGUUUUAAUCCCUAUUUCUUACUCAGGUGACGGCUAUUCCUGCUUAAAAGAAUACCACUUACCCUGAAUUUUGAUGUCAAUAUAGCUGUUAUAGACACUUAAAUUUUGAAAAUUAAUACAAGUUUUGUUCAUUGUUUAAAUUAA